CUCCCACUCUCCUACCCCGUUCGUUUCUCUCACAUCUCUGUCGAAUUUCCAACUUCAUUUUCAUCACAACUUUCCUUUGAGACUUAUAUCUUCCGAUACCAUCCACCGCAACUAUGUCUGUCCCCGCCUUCUCCGACAUUGCCAAGCCGGCCAACGAUCUCCUCAACAAGGAUUUCUACCAUCUCUCUGCCACGACCUUCGAGUUCAAGGACACCGCCCCCAACGGUGUUGCUUUCAAGGUUACCGGCAAGUCGAGCCACGAGAAGGCUACCUCUGCUGCUAUUGAGGGAAAAUAUACCGACAAGCCUACCGGCCUGACCCUUACCCAGACCUGGAACACCGCCAAUGCUCUCGACACCAAGAUCGAGGUCGCCGACUCCCUCGCCAAGGGCCUCAAGCUUGAGGGUCUCUUCAACUUCCUCCCUGCUACCGCCGCUAAGGGAGCCAAGUUCAACCUCCACUUUAAGCAACCCGGUUUCCACGGCCGUGCCUUCUUCGAUCUCCUGAAGGGCCCUGUUGCCAAUGUCGACGCCGUUGUCGGCCACGAGGGUUUCCUGGCUGGUGCCUCCGCUGGCUAUGAUGCUAACAAGGCUGCUCUGACCGCCUACAGCGCUGCUGUUGGCUACGCUGCUCCCCAGUACAGCGCUGCCAUCACCGCCUCUGACAACCUCAGCGUCUUCGCUGCCUCUUACUACCACAAGGUCAACUCACAGGUCGAGGCUGGUGCCAAGGCUACCUGGAACUCUAAGACCGGCAACGCUGUCGGCCUUGAGGUUGCCAGCAAGUACCGCAUCGACCCUGUCUCUUUCACCAAGGUCAAGAUUAACGACCGUGGUAUUGCUGCCCUUGCCUACAACGUCCUCCUCCGAGAGGGCGUCACCCUGGGUCUUGGUGGCUCUUUCGACACCCAGAAGCUCGACCAGGCUACCCACAAGCUCGGUGCUAGCUUCACCUUCGAGGGCUAAAUUUCUCUCAGAAGUAUUGAAUCUCCCAAUAGCAGAAAGCCCUCGUUAAAAUAACCGCUCCAGAGCUGUUCUCCCCUCAGCAGCUCCUUGUACCUUCCAGGCUUGCAUCGCGGUGGUCUCCGGGGAUGUAGAUUAUGUCAAAUAAAAAAUCUCGAGGAUGAUAUCAUGGCAAGCUGUUUCUCGUACUGCCGAGGAAUAGAUUCCAUCUAUGAAAUGUUUUGAAGUAAUGGUACCGUUUAAAACCUAGGGAUGACGAACGCAAAGCCUCAUGAUGACACUUAUUCUCCGGGAGACACACCCGAUCUUCCUGCCUGUAGUGCAUGCCUGCUUAACUCUUGUUCUUUUUUCGCUGCCCAAUGCUCAUGAACUGAAUAUAUACGAGAGGCGCCAAUAUCGCAGUGGCGAGAAUGCCCGAUAUUAUGAUAAAAUGGCCUGUGAUGGUUGCCUGAGGCUCAAAGCCAAUGUCAUCGUCGCCCAUCGCGCGCCUUUGCCUCCUAUCUUUGCGCCGUUGGUCCUCUCUCCGAUGUGUUCGCGUAUGUCCCGCCUUGUCGAAGUGAGGAACAUCAUUCUGAUGUCCAAAAGGGUCAUCACCAGGUCCCAUUCCUCCAUAGGAAGACUCAUGACUAAAAGGAUCACCCCAUGGGCUCUUCUGACGACUAUGCGAUCCGUCUUGUUCAUGUGGUGAUGUGCUUCCACCACCUGUACUCUCUUCAUGGGCCUUGCGACGCUUAUCUGCCUGCUCUCCCCAGCCUCCGCUGCGGUAAAAGCUAGGCGGCGGACCGCGAAAGGUGCCUCUCCUGCGACUUAAACCUGAUGGUGCGCGACCGCCAGGCUGAUGAGAGUGGUAAGAGCCGCGAUGGGAGUGAGUUUGUGGUGGGUGGUGGUGCAAACGAAGGAUAUCGCGAUCGUAGGCUGCUCGGCGAG